AUGACCCCCUACUAUCUCCUGAGCAACUCCAACAACCACACACGUCCCUUCAGUGCCAUCGCGGAGCUGCUAGAUAAUGCUGUAGAUCCAGAUGUAGCUGCCAGAAUGGUCUUCAUCGAUGUUGAGGAGAUAAAUAAUAAAACAUGUUUGACCUUUACCGAUGAUGGAUGUGGAAUGACACCCCAUAAACUACAAAGAAUGCUCAGCUUUGGCGUCACAGAUAAAGGAGCAAAGAAGAGCCAGUCUCUCAUCGGUGUCUUUGGUAAUGGGUUCAAGUCAGGCUCCAUGAGAUUAGGAAAAGAUGUUCUUGUCUUCACAAAGAAUGAGGGUACUCUUACUGUUGGACUCCUGUCACGGAGCUAUCUGGAAUGUACCAAGUCUCAGGCCAUUAUGGUACCAAUUGUUCCAUUCAGCCAGCAAAGCAAAAAUAUGAUAGUUACUGAUGACUCCUUGCCCAGCCUGGAAGCCAUCUUAAACUAUUCAGUUUUCAAAAGUGUACAUGAACUGCUCUCCCAGUUCGACGCCAUCCCAGGCCAAAGAGGCACUCGUGUUCUCAUUUGGAACAUCCGCAGAAACAAAGAUGGGAAGACUGAGUUGGACUUUGCUACAGAUCGAUAUGACAUCCGGGUAUCAGACUUUGACACAGGAGGUAAAGGGACUAGCAGUGCCGCCUCUGAGCUGCCAGAAGCAGAGUAUUCUUUACGGACAUUUUGCAGUAUUCUGUAUAUGAAGCCACGAAUGAAAAUUUUUCUACGUCAGCAUAAGGUGACUACCCAGUUGGUUGCCAAGAACCUGGCCCAUGUAGAAUAUGACUUGUACAAACCUUCCUUCACAAAAAAGCCAGUGAGAAUCACUUUUGGGUACUCUUGCAUGAAAAACGGCCAGUUUGGAGUAAUGAUGUAUUAUAACAAUCGACUCAUAAAGUCCUUUCAGAAAGUGGGAUGCCAACUGAAGACAAAUCGUGGAGAAGGAGUGGGAGUAAUUGGAGUCAUUGAGUGCAAUUUCCUAAAACCUGCCUACAACAAACAAAGCUUUGAAUAUACAAAGGAGUACAGGUUGACAAUGAAUGCCCUUGGUCAGAAGCUUAAUAAUUAUUGGAAGGAAAAGAUUUCUCAAAAUACUUAUGGGUGCUCACUCACUGCUGGGUCAAGCCUGAAGAUACCCGAUGAGACAUGGGUACAAUGUGACGAAUGUCUUAAGUGGAGGAAGCUUCCUGUCCGUAGUGAUCCAUCUCUGUUACCUACAAGAUGGUUUUGUUACUACAAUCCAAAUCCAGAAUACAGGAGAUGCUCUGUUGCAGAGGAAUAUGACCUCAUUGAUGAAGUCCAGGUCUCCAGCAAAGCUACAAAACAGUUGAGUAUCUCUGAAGAUGAUGUUCUGGGUCACAGAGUGUUCACUGAUGAACUCACUGAUGAGGAUACAUCUGAAUCUGAUAGCAACAGCACUGAGUAUGAUGAAAUUGAUAGCCCUUACCUGAUUUCAUCCAGUGAUGACAGCAGAACUUCUCCUCCUCUUCUGCUUAACUCCCAGGAUUCUAGGGCCUUUGAGAGUUCCAGUAAAUACAAAUGGACCUCAAGUGAGGAGCCUUUUGAGAAACGAAGAAAGCUCCAGAAGUCAAUGACAGCGGCUCCUACAGAUUAUUCUAUGACUGGGCCUUACAGAAGGGUAGAGGCAGCUGUUUCCUACCUGGAAGAUGAUGACAGCCAUGAUGAGUGCAGUGACGAGAGGAGCGAACCACCACGCCUUUUCCCAGAAUACCCAGAAACAAGCAAGCAUACCAGUCAGAAUAGGGAGGUUUCGGGUCGAUAUUUAGAAGCCCGAGGCCAACGCCAGGGGUCCCUGCUCUCUGAAGAAUUAGAUCAGAUGCCAAAAUUGGUAGCAGAAGGAGUCAAGAAAGGUAGCACAAGCAAAAGGAAAGAUGUGAGCAAGGGGCCUUUUGUAGCAGUCGUUGGUGUUGCAGAAGGUGUUAGCAGUUCAGGAGCGGUUCAGCUGAUUCCUUUUAAAAGAGAGCAGCUUGCCCAGAGAAAAAGAGUGGCUGAACGCUGGCAUUCAGAGCCUAGUUCUACUGUGGCCUCGGCCACAACCACUAAGGAGAAAAGAAGAGGCUCUGCAAAGAGUAGAGGAUAUGAUACGCCAAAGCUUAACAACCAGAAUGAGUCGGAAGAACUGAAGAGAACCACAGAAAGACUUCAGCGUGCUUUGGCUGAAAGAAAUAUAUUCCAGCAAAAGGUGGAGGAGCUAGAACAGGAGAGAAAUCACUGGGUUUCCGAAUUCGAAAAAGUCCAACGUGAAUUGAUGGCCUGCAGCACCAAGGGGUCAGAAGGCUUGUAUUGGAGCAAGAAACACAUGGGCUAUCGUCAAGCUGAAUUCCAGCUUUUAAAAGAUGAGCUGGAAAAAACCAAAGGGGAAAAGCAAGAGCUUAAAGCUAAACUGAAGGAGACAGAGGCACAUUUGGCAAUGCUGCAGAAAGCUCAGGCCACCCACUGGACAAGAAAGGGAGAAAACUUAGGUUAAUGACCUAGGGCUUUGGCAAAGCUUACAAGGCUGCGUAUCCACGUCAGCUAUCUCCUUACUUCUGUCCUCCCUCACUUGGAGCUUCGUGAGAUCGCGUAUGGCUCAGAACAAGUGGAUGAGAUCCUGUACACAGUGCUGGAGGCAAAUCACAUACUGGAUUGA